ACGGCAAUACAUACCCUUAGCCGUUUCGUCUUCGCCAUCCCCACAAGAGUUAUAUCCAGAGCCGCCCUUCGGAUCCUGAAGCAGCAAAGGUUGAAGAAAGAGAAAGCCCCUUUCGUUCCUUCGCCGAUUCCUUUCUCUCUUUCUUUGUAUUUUCCUUCUUUCUCUCUCCUGUUUCUGCUUUUCGCUGGAACAUUAUCCUUCUCUGCUUUGAAAACCCCACCACGUCUGCUGCUUUUCUAAGCCAUCUUCUUCACCUAAUUGCUCUCCAGUUGAUUUUUCUUCAUCCCCCACAAAAAGUUUUGGGAAAGAUGGAAAUGAUGCCAUACCAGCUUUCCCGAUUACCUUACCAGGAUUCCCUCAAAGUGCUUGAGGCUGAUAUUCAGCAUGCCAAUGCUUUGGCUGCUGCGAUUCCCAGAACCAAGGGUGGGACUCUUCUUCAAAUGAAAUUGGUUUACAAUGACUGGGCUCCACUCUUUUUCUUCUUGCUACAGUGGAUGGAUUGCUCUUGCUCUUGCUUUCUUCACAGAUAUCUGAGUCUCUUUCAUGUGCUUAUCUAUAAGGUUCACAAAGAGGGAAGAUCAAACAUAUCUACUUAUGGAAGAAAGGCUACCAUCAGGGACUUUUAUGCCGUUAUAUUACCAUCUCUCCAGCGGCUUCAUGGGAGCUUGGAGAAGUUGGAAAUUUCUAAGGAAGGUUAUUCUAGCAUAGAAGGUUCAAGUUCUAAGAGGAAGAUGAUUGAAGCAGAUGGGAGACUAAGCAGUGUGGACCUUGAGAGAGAGGAUGAAUGUGGAAUUUGCUUGGAACCUUGCACCAAAAUGGUUUUGCCUAAUUGCUGCCAUGCCAUGUGUAUUAAAUGCUACCGCAAGUGGAACACAAGGUCAGAGUCUUGUCCGUUUUGCCGCGGUAGCUUGAGGAGAGUUAAUUCAGAGGACUUGUGGGUACUGACUUGUAACGAAGACGUUGUCGAUUCUGAAACAGUGUCGAAAGAGGACUUGUUGCGUUUCUACCUCUACAUCAAUAGCUUACCUAAAGAUUACCCGGAUGCACUCUUCCUAAUGUAUUAUGAAUACUUGAUUUGAUUUUAUCCAUAUUAUGAUUAUGAUGAAAAUCAUCAUGUACAGGAAACGAAAGCCAGGCCGCAAAUGUGAAUACAGCCUGGUGCUGGGAAAUGUUUCUAGACAACUCUGCAUUGCUCUGAUAAGAUAAAGUUAUGGAAUUUUAGUCCAUGCAUAUCUAUGUCAUUGUAGACAAUUUAUAAUGUAUAUUAUAGGGACCCCUUCUUCGAAGUCAUCGUAGAGGACCCUUUAUUCAAA